CUCAACUUCCACAUCAUCGCAAAAAUCAGUGCAACGUGGUAGUGCAUCAGCGGUAGCUGCGGCUAGAAGUACUAUUUCACAAUCCUUGUCUUUGACGGAAAGACGCGCAACGCUUCCUGCUGUGGGUCAGAAGAGAGGAAACUCAUGGGUCGGAGCAGACUACUUAAAUCGCGCUUCGGAGCAGACUACUUCAUCUUGUACAAAUAAUCAAAAUACAACUACUGCUAGAGGUUUUGUUGUAGAUGACCGUUCUAGCAGCACCGCACCAACAGCAAAGAAACUAACAGAGGUAACACUGAAGGACUUAUCAACUCAAGACACCCAGAUUUUCGAAUCAGAGCAGCCGACUUCCCAAUGCACGACGCAUGCUCCGGUCUCUGAGGAUAAUUGUCACGAUCAGACGGCGGCACCGAGCAGUGGUUUAGAAAAUGGACCUGGAGCUUGUUUAGAGCCAGCAAGUAAAGAGAAAGAGAUCACAGAAUCUUCUACAUCGUCAACUGCUCAAAUAUCGGCGUCGAGAGCUUCAUCUGCAACAAAAGAAGCUGGCCCAUCUCCGACACCCAAGCAAGACACGCCUCCGCAAGUAUCCUCAUCUUCUUCCUCCACGCCAGAAGAACCUUUGAUCCCACAGCCUCUCGAGGCGCCUCCUCCUGCUCCACCACCACCACCACCUCCUCUCACGAAGAAAAGGGUCAUAUGUGCUGCUAUUUCUGGAGCUGUGAGGCAAUUGCUCGCGAUACCUGAUCCCCCAUUGGGCUCACUAGAGGACAAGACUGUGAAGCCGCGCCACACCAAGUGCACCUUCAACGUAGAAAGCGAGUUGAUCAUUGUUGGCGCGGGUAGAGCAUCAGCGUCUACCAGUGCAUUCCCACUUUCAUCAUCGACUCCUCGUAUGCCUACCUCGUCUCCAAGAACUACUGACAGUAACAAUAGUAGAAGUCCUCAGCAUCAUCUUCCAUCGUCCACAGUGCAGGCCGUGAAUUUCUGUCCAGCGCUGACGCAUGUAGUUAGGAGGGCGUUUGGAUUGAGUACGUCUACCUUUGUGGAGGAAAUGGCGCAUCUCGAAGGCGGCAACAAAGGGGAAGGAAAGUCCGACUCAGUCUUCUUCGCGAGUAAGGUACUGAUGAUUUAUUUGUAUUCACGCUUUGGUGAGUGUUCUUGUGGAAUCAAUUUGAAUUAAGUAGGGUACUGAUGAUUUGUUUACAAAUUCGCUUUCGUGGGUGUUGUGGAAUCAAUUUGAAUUUGUAGAUUAGAAGCAUCUGUGCACAUCAUCUCAGACCGGUCAAUUUUGCGUAAAGAGCGUGAAGGAGGAGGAACAUCGCUUGCUGGUUUCCAACAGUCUAUUGCAAGAUUACACAGCUGAUGUCAUCCUCAAACGGAGCCAAGAGACGCUUCUUCCGCACUUUUACAUGCUGUUGAAGCUGGUUUUCGUUGAUGCACCUGCACCUGACAACAUCGGAGGACUAGGAGGACUAGAUCUAGACUAUACUGGACAUCAGCGUGAACUACAACCGCACCCCAUCGAGACGAGCUUACGGGGUACGACAUUACGGCUAGUGGUGAUGCAGAACGUAUUUUUAGCUGGUGGUCGAGUGUUGCACGAACGAUACGACUUAAAAGGUAGCUUUUUCAAUAGAUGGACUGAACUAGCGGCUGAGAAAAUCGACAGCAAAGCUGCUGGUGCUGGGGGGACACCAAGUAGUACAACUUCUAGUAGUAGGAUAACAGCUAGUUGUACUUCUAGUAGCACUAGUGCAAUAACACUUUCGACAUCUCCUUCUGGUUCAUCAUCAUCCAGGGCAUCAAGGGGAAUCCUUAUCAAUGACCCAACAACAAGGACCACAUCGGCCUAUGCCCAACAAGUGGAUUCGCCUCCUAUCGACCUCGAAGACAUCAGUUCUUUCACUGGUGUCCAAAAAACCCCUGCGCCAAGUAGCAGACCCUCAUAUGCGACGUCAGUUUCCUCUAAUUCUGGCGGUUCAUCUUCCUCGUCCUCGUCUAUCUUCUCAGCAUCAACAACUACACUCCCUUCAACGUCAAAUAGUAGAUUAACGACCCGAAAGACGCUACUUUCUGAAGAUCUGUACCGGAAAACUUUGAAGGACCAGAAUUUCUUGCUAGAUGGUUCAAGGAGUAUCUCCUUCACACCAUAUGGGCAGCCAGCUUGGAAGGGACUCAAGUCGAAAAGCCUGACGACGUACCAAACGCUAGCGAGAGCAUUGCGGGAUGACGCACGUUGGCUCGCGAAGCAUCGACUCAUGGAUUACUCACUGCUUCUCGGCCUUCAUUUCGUUGGUAAAGAUCCUAGUACUACUAGUUCUAGGGAGGUAGUUGGAGGCAGUGUGUUGAACCAUUUGAACCAUGCGCCAUCGGGAUCGGGUAGAAGUACGACUGCUGUCGGUACUACUGCAAGGACGUCUCUCUCAGGAGAAAGCACUAUUCUAGGGAGCAGCAGCAUUGUAGCGACCACGGGUUCUCGAGAACAAGACCAUGCUAGAAGUAGUCCAAAUAAGAACUACAUGGCUGAACAAGUAGAGCAAAUCACAACGAAACGACGUAGAGGAUCGUUUCAUAGAGCCUCAAGGAACGGACAUAGGAAAGGCGCAAGACGUCGGCUCCGAUCGGCUCCUCCUGUGCUAGUGUUUUCCAAAAAACGACUCGGGAUCUUAGAUGAAGACAUUUCUGAAACCACGACAGCUUCUAGCAAAGAUAAGCGGAGACAGACGGUGGCAACAUCCUUCUUGAGUAGGAGAAAGACGGUGGGGGUAGGGCCUAGUAGUUCUGCACGUGGCGACGUGCGGUCUGCAGGAGAGGUCAGAACAUCACCAAAUGAGGAUGGUAAGACGAUAAAUUCUGUCGGGCCGCCUACUGCUCUACCUGCCGUACCAGAAAGCAGGACAACAACAACUGCGACAACCCUGAUCAAUAGUACUGCUAGUUCAUCUUCUAGACCAAGUAAACAACAGAAAAGUUCUCGUCGAAAAACUUUAGCCGAUAGAACAGAAGCCGCCUCAGCCUACAACCUGUGGCUGCACGCGCCACUUGAAGGCGUUCAUCGCUACAGGGGACGGACAUCGAAUGUGCUUGUUUUCGUGGGGAUCGUGGAUAUCUUGCAGGUCUACAGCUUGAAAAAAUACACCGAGAAUCUGUUUAAGGAGAAGAUCCUCUUUCAACAAAACAUCUCUGCAGUGGAGCCACAGGAAUAUGCGGAUCGCUUCUUGCAGUUUUUGUUGCGGCGUUGUUUUAGAGAACAACGUAUACUGAACUAUGGUUCAUCUGCUGCUCCUCAUGUUCCCUCUGCAAAGACCACGAGGAUAGGAGGAGUAUCAACCUUAGUCGCGAGCAGUGGAGGCGCACAACAACCCAUUGGAAGGGGAGGGGAUGUUAGGACGACAACUACUGUGUCGGACUAUGUCGAUCAGAAGUCAAGUCCACGUGUUGUGGGAGACCACGUUACGCCGCCGUCAACUAAGCCACCCGUCAUCAGUACUGCUACCUACACAACAGGAGGAGCACCGAGUGGAGGAACAACGCAGAGGAGGUGAUAGAAGCGCAGGAGUGACAGUCCUCACGUCUGGUGUGACGAUGCUGCCACAGUGAAGCGGUUUACGUGUUAGGAAGGGUCUAGAGUGCAAGUGCGACAGGAAUGUUCCUGAUCUAUUUUCCACUGAUAUCACGCAAAAUAAUUAGCUGUAGUAUAAGUAUCCCAAAGAAUUAGAAGGCAUGAUAGCACCUGUGGCUCAUUCGCUUUCACAUGUUAUCAAUUGAGUUUUUUCACGUUUCUCAUCACACAAGGAAGAGCUACUAUAAUGCAUACGGCUAAACAUACUGUGAAGUUGUAAAUUGUAACACAGUCAACAGACAGCAUACUAUGUAUCAAUGAAUUUGUACUUGAUUUCUAUCUUCCAACACCAAACCACACAACAAGUCAAUUACACAACUCAAUUACAUCACAAUCAGAAGUAUAUCCAGCAGAUUGAUGUCGAGACACUCGGACAACACCUGAAUUUUUUCACUAGAUCCUCAAUCUGACAACUCAACACAACAACUCAAUUAACACACCAGGUAGCUGUACAACCCAAUUACAAUUCCAUCAGAUUUACAACUCAAUUACAUCAGAUCAACACAUUAAAAACCAGGUAUCACAACUCAAUUACCGCACCAUCGCAAGUUCAGGCGAUGACGCACUCACCAUGAAGAAAUAUGUCAUAUCAAUGUCAGCACGCAAUUUGACAAUAUCGCCUCUAGAAAAAGAGGCUGUCAUGCGCAUUUUGAGAACACAUCAAUAUUCACGCUUUGGCGCCUGGCUCGUUUUCAGUUUUGACUUUUUACCGCUUUCGAGAUCAAUCAUAGCCACUGAGGUUUUCAUCAGUGCCAACCUCAAAAAGAGUAUAAGAUGACAGAAUCGAAAUUCCGUGUUUUGAUGAAAGAAGGA